GAAGGUCUCCCUCUCUGCCUGCUGCUCAUAGGUGCAAGAGCUGGAGCCUUCCUAGGCCCCAAGCUGGCUGCAUUGGGAUGCAAAUAAGGCGGAGCGCGUGCUCCUCUCCGGGGGGAGGGAUUGUUUAUGGAACCUCCGCCGGGAGCCACGCGCCGGGCGUACGAAGCUGCCAAGCGAAUUCCCCAUUGGGUGGGAGGAGGCUCGGGAGCAGCGGGGGGGCUGUUGUGUGUGUGGCGCGCGGCGCGUCGCGUGCUGUUCCCGGGGGCUCGCGAGCGGCGGCAGCAGCAGCGCGUGUUGAUAAGGGGCAGCGCUCGGAGGAACCUGCUGCAGAGGCGCAUUGACAGCGCGCAAGGGAGCAGGGCUGCAAAGAAGGGGAGGGGGUGGGUUACUGAAGCAGCCGCGGCCGGGGUUGUGGCUGAGCGGGGAGCGCCCGGCUCCACGCGCUGGGCACGCUCCCACUGUUUGCAGUUAAGGAGGAGGGGAAAAUAUUUGGCAGGGUUUUUUUUUCUCCCCCCAAAAAAACUAUUUUUGCAAGUUUUUUUUUUCUUCCUUGCAAACUUUCCCCCACUUGCAGCCCUGCCCCGGUCACCUGCCCCCCGGAGGCUGAGGUAGGGUAGAUGCCCCAAGAUGAACGGCGGGCCAAUAGCAGCUGCCAUGCAACAGCCACCCCCGCCUUGCACAAGUUUUCCCUUGCACGGAUGCGGCGCCGGUUCCUUGGGGAUGAAGUUCCAGCCGAUGCCAGGAGCAGUCUCCUCCUCGGUGCCGCAGCAGCAGCUGCUGGUGGCCGCUAAGGGCCCGGCUCAGAACCCCAGCUCCUCCGCGGCGCGCUGCAAAGGCUCCAAGCGGCGCUCCGGCUCGCCCGAGCUGCUGCGCUGCAAGAGGCGCCUGGCUUUCCCGGGGCUGGCCGGGCAGCCGCAGCCGCCGGCGGGGGGAGCAGCGGCCGUGGCCCGACGCAACGAGCGCGAGAGGAACCGGGUGAAGCUGGUCAACCUGGGCUUCCAGACCCUGCGCCAGCACGUGCCCAACGGCGCCGCCAGCAAGAAGAUGAGCAAGGUGGAGACGCUGCGCUCGGCCGUGGAGUACAUCCGAGCCCUGCAGCAGCUGCUGGACGAGCACGACGCCGUCAGCGCCGCCUUCCACGACGGCCUCCUGCCUCCCGCGCGGGCCGCCCCCGGCGGCGGCGGCUGCUCCUACUCCUCCGCGUCGCCCUCCUUCGCCUCCGCCUCCUCCUCCUCCGGCGGCCGGGAGGGCAGCUCCGUGCCGGGCUCCCCGCACUCGGCUUAUUCCUCGGAUGAGAGCGGCUACGAGGGGGCGCUGAGCCCCGAGGAGCGCGAGCUGCUGGACUUCACUAGCUGGAUCGGGAGCUACUGACCUCCGCCGCGUGCCCUCCCCGCAGCAGCCUUGAAAGCAGAGAUGUGCAGGACCUCAGUACCUCAUUGUCCUUGAUGCCUAUUAUGAUGCAGCAGAAGAGCAAAACGGAGUCUUCUUACUACAACAUGUUUUCUACCUUCAAGGAGCCCUGUUGUCAAGGUCUUUAAGGGACUGGGCUUUGGAACCUACCUAGCAGGGUUCUUACUUGGAACAAAAGACUGUGGCUCUUAAUUUUUUUUUUUUUGAAAGUGCAAUUAUGUAAAUAGGUUAUAGGGACCAAUAUCUUUAACUGCUGUUGUACAGGAGUUUAUGGUGCCCUCCAAGGCUUUAAUUGCCAAUGAAAUGGUUUGGUAUACUCAUGUUUCAAGUGAUUGAAAUCUACCAGGCUUCCAACUUUUAACACAUAUGUUGUUGUUUUUUUAUUUGGGAGGGGUGAAAAAUGAACACUUGAUAUUUCCUUUUCUGAAGGGGGAGGGAAUUUUUGUAAUGUCAAAGAUUCUAUUUUAUAUGUAACUUGAACUGCCUAUGGGAACGCUAUCAAUAUGAAGACUUAUUUUUGUACAAGAAACUGUAGAAACAGGGAAAGGGAGAAGGAGUUGUUAUAGUAAAUCCAAUCCCCUUGUUCCUUAACACUGCCAGCUAGAAUGUUUUGAGAACUUAUACAAUUUAGAGAAUAUUUUUUCCAAUACUACUAAGGACUGUAAAAAUUAUGUUUUGUCUUAAAUGUGGUGUCCAAGUCUUGUCUGGUGUGAAGGUUCACUUAUCUGAAAACUGAAGUUUAAUGUUUUGAAGGCAUUUUGUAUGCACUUGCAAGGGUUUCUUAAGUUGUACAUAUGCAGUUUUUAAAGAGUAUUUUAUGUAAAUUGACUUUAUAAAUAAAAUCUAUUUAUAAAUGGCUUCUUUAGUUAUAGGAUGCACAUUCCAACCAUGUCUACUUACAAAUUUUUUCCAUUUUGCAUGAGGAAGACCUGUUAAGCAUGAGAACACUUUUAUGGUAGCAAAUCAUUAUAUGGGGCCAGAUUGCGCACACUGUGGCCAGACAUAUUCACAGUCCUUGUGCUCAGCUGAGUGCAAGAAUGUUGUAUGACUAAUAUUGCUAGGAGAACUAGCCAACCAAACAUGCAUGGGAAGGAAGUGAGAUUACGAAGGGGCCAGCAUGCUCCACCCUCUUAUGAAGUAAUACAAAGGGGGUUCUCUCUGAAUGCCUUCCAUCUCCCCAAGAUGUAGUGGUGCAGCUCUGCCUAGCCUUCAUUGUGGUGUUUGGCCUAAAGGCACAAUACAGCUCUAAGCAACUACUGGAGACAAUGGUUUUCUGAGGUUUCCAUUUGUCCUGACCCUGCAGCUCUCAGGGUUAGAAUCUGAUAUCCUUAUUCAAGUUGAUUAGUACCUUUGAAAUCACUGCUCAGGGUGGGUGGGGUUAUCCAAAUCUGGCCCAAUGUUAACUGAAGUUAUGUAAAAGGUUGAGUAUACCAUUUACUUAAUACUCUUA